UUGUGGUCAUUGUCAAAAAGAAAAAGAGAAAUUCACUCCAAAAGAAAUUCAGAGCAUUCUCUUCGUUUAUGGACACUCGUCGUUCGCUGUAUCAAUAUUCAAUGCGACGGUGAUCUUUCUUUCCUCUUUCAAUCGGUUGCUCCAAAUUACUUACAAUAUUCUCAGGAUCCAUACUUGAAAAUAAUGUCUACUUCGGAAAUUUUUGAAGAAUCUGAACUAGAAUGUUACUGUGGACUGCCUGCAAAACUGAGAACAUCUCAGACACCCAAAAAUCCAUUCAGAUUAUUCUACAACUGUCCAAAGGAAAUAUCUCAACAAUGUGGUUUUUUUCAUUGGGCUGAUGAACCCGAACCAUCUGAUGAUAGACACGUUGAGGAACUAAACUUAAUCCGUAAUGUGUGCCUUCAUCUACAAGAUAGAUUAGACGAAAUCGAAGAGGAACAUGAUAAUGAGAAAGCUGAGUGGGAAAGGGACAAAGAAGAGCUAACAUUGCAACUAGUAACGCUGCAAUCUCAGCUUGAUGAUAUUCAGCAUAGAAUAAGGAUGGCAAAUGAAUCUUUUUCAAUGCCUCCCUUGGAUGCACUUUCCAUUAGGGAUGACGAGGGUGACGAUGCAUUAGUUAUAUAUACUUUGUAAAUAAAUAGAUCAUUGUAAAUUAUACUGCUGAGUGAAGUGAGAGAUUAUAUCGAAAUUUAAGCUAUAGGUUUUUGGGGCAUGUUUGAUGUUUGAGCUUCUGUUUAAAAGAGAUAUAUGGUUGUCCAUUCAUUUUCUUCUUAAAUUUAAUAUCUAUCCAAUGUUUAUGAGAGGA